UAACCUCUGCUGUGAGUGUCAAGGAAAGAUGGAGCGAUCUCUGCUUGUGUCUCUUCUGUGUGUGUGGGCCCUCAGCAGCCUGUCUGCAGCAUCAGUGGAUGCAACAGAACAGUGUCCAGAGAGAAUACUGGGUAAUGAGAGAAGACAGACCUGCCCAAAAAAGUGUCAGCAAGAUAAAGACUGUGGAAACAAACGUCAGUGUCUCUGUGAUGGCCAGUGCGGACUCAGCUGUGUGGCCCCAGGUCGUACGUGUCCAUGGCCUCUCCCACCUGGAAACAUUUUUGAUUUAGCUCUCCUUUCCCCUUCACCCUCUUUCUCCGCUCUGCUUGAGGUUCGCUGUAAGCCUGGGUUCACCAUGCGUAACGGGCUGGACACUACAAUACGCCGUUGCCAAGGUGACCGGCAGUGGAGUGGAGAUGAAACUGUUUGUACAGCCUCCCCAGGAGGAGGUCUUGCAGCAAAGCCGGUUCUGGUGCCUGAGGUGCCCUGUUCUUUGCCUGAUGAUGAUGAUCUGCUCUCUGUGCAGGGCAAUGUCACCGUGGGAUCCACCAUCCAGUACCAAUGUGCACCUGGAUCUGUGCUGAUUGGAAAUAGUGAGAAUAUCUGUCAUGAGAACCAGAUGUGGCAAUAUCCUCACCCCAUCUGUCGCCGUGUGGUUUGUCCUCCUCCUAAGGAAGUUGAACGUGGACAUCUGGUGGCCGUCCAGAGAACUGAAUAUGAAGUUGGCGGUACAAUCUAUUACCUAUGCAAAAAGAAUUUCUUGUUGGAUGGACCAAAUAAAGUGACUUGUCUACCUAAUGGGACAUGGAGUACAGAGCCUGCCUGCUGGGCCCGCUGUCCAGUCCCUGCUCAACGCAGCAGGGUGAUCGUGGGAGGAGUAAAGCGUUGGCCAUAUGAUCUGACGGAUGGAGUGGUUGCUCAUGGAGAGAAUGUGGCAUUUUUCUGUAAACAUCCAGAAAAACUGUGCAGCUUCACUGCCACAGAGGUCUGCGUGGAUGGACAGCUCAAGCAACCUAGCUGCUAUCUUGACCCUACCUGGCUGCAGUUCAAGCUCUUUCCUCAUCGUCUGGUUUCAGAGAUUAAUCCAUGUGAUCCUGCUGACCUUCAGUAAGCUCAUCGAAUUUUGACAACACAUUUUGCAUGUUGGCACACGCAGCUCUCUCUUCAAACUGACACCAUGACCUGGAGUCUGGAUCAACAUAAAUUGCCUUAUUAAUGUGCCAACUACAUUUUUUAUGGACCGGAUCCUAGUAGGAUCUCACAGUUAUGCCUCACUUAACUCUUCUCUUUUCUGUGUUGUAUGUUGCAUUGACAAAGUUACCUUAAACAGAAGUUGUUGUCAUAUCUGAUAAACAUCCUCAUACUUGCUUGAGGUCUUGGUUUCCAUAAGCUGCUCUCUUUUCUUGUGUUUUGUUGUCAUACAAAGUGUAAAACAAAGUGAUUUUUGAGGCAGCAUUGGUGUUUAUCUUGUUGUAAUAUUUUAUUUCUUUGUUUAUUUUGGCUAAUAUGUUUGUCAAACCCACAACCAUGAAUGCACAGGCUAAAGGUGAACUCUGAAAUCAUGCCAUGUCUGAUAUCUCUCUAAUUUCACUGUAUUUCAAAAGCAGGUGCGUUUAGAGUUAACUGAUCUUUGACUGGACUGCUUGAUUGGAUUACAUAAAGAAUAGAGUCUACUUGGGAAUAUUAUAGCAUAAAAGCCUUGCUGAAUUAUUGCUGUCAUACGGAUUCAGUUUUGCAUUGUGUGAACGUCACAGUGAAUCAUCUUUGAAUGUAUUUUCCUCUUGUAAUAUCAUGAUUCUUCAUUAAAGAAUCUGGAAUGUUUGUUGUCAUUAACAACAAUGAUUUUAUUUUACCUGGUUAGUCUGUAU